UGCUUUCUCUCUUUUCAUGUCAUAGAAAUCCAAACAAAAGUGAUGAAUCAAUCAAUCUCAUUGCUUUCUCUCUUUUCAUUAAUCCUCCAUGUUUUUCUUGUUUUGAACUUUUAUGGGGGAGUUACCGUGAAUGGAGAUAUAGUCAACACAUUUUGUAAGAAUCAAUCGAUAAUUGAUCCCAACCUAAAUUAUGACUUUUGUGUUUCAUCUCUCGAAGCCAACCCUCUUAGCAAAACUUCUGAUAUUUUUGGACUUGCUGUAAUAUCAAUGGAGCUGUCUUCGAACAAUGCAACUUAUAUUCAUACAUAUAUUGAAGGAAUUUUGAAGGAUGUAAAACAAGAACCGAGAGCUCGGAUGUGUCUAAAGGAUUGUAUGGAGUUUUACUCUACUGCUGUAGAAGAGCUUCAAGAAGCCAUGGAAGAAUUUAAUCGUAAAGAAUAUUAUUGGGCUCUCUCGAGUGUGAGCGCUGCAGGGACGGAUGCAGAUACAUGUAAAACUGGGUUUACAGAACUUGGUGUUGAUUUUAGUGUAUUAAGGAAACAAGAUAAUGAUUUCUUUCAGUUAACUAACAUUUGCCUAGAUAUAAUUGCAAAAAUAUACGAUUCAAAAGUUUAA